UUGACAGACUGCGAAUGCUCUCGAAAAAGUUGGUGGUUAGUGGCUUUGGUGGAAUCCAACAACAGAUUCAUUAUCAAUUCAGUCACUUCAGUUUAAGAGUCGUGGAUUGUUUCUGCUCGGAUUAUCAGCCUGUUAGUGAGUAGCUCAUCCCUACUGUUUUUGUGAGCACUGGAAGUCACACGAAAAGGUACCGAACUAACAACUAUUGCUGCAGUCUGUUCCGAUUGCUCGUCCAUCAUUGAUACAAACAAGUGGCGAUUAGUAAGUAGUAAGUGCAUAGUCUCAGCCACUUCCCUGAAUGGUGUAAUUCCUCUAGUUCAUCAGCUGGCAAAUGUAAUAGUGAGAGAGCAUCCAGCUCGGUGAAAGUUCCGCUGGAGGCAACUUUCAGUCAGCCAUCGGAAUCGGUUCGAAUCGCGUCAAAAUUCUAGAACAAUCGCAAAACUAUUUCGUCCAUCCACAACGCGAGAAAAGGUUAUCUUAAUAGCCACCCUCGACGAAAGUCACCUCUAAAGGUGUGCGGUUUUUUUUUUAACUUUUUCUAAUUAUCGUAAGAUACACGUCGUGACAAUGCAUCAGUCCCGGUUUGUUAUCUCUGAUGUCGGGCAACUUUGAGAAGGCCGCCCAUCUAUCUUUAUGAGACACCGGACCAGUCGUCGUUCGUCUGUGUUGUGUUUGUUGGAAGAAAAAAGAUUACGCAAAUCGUGGAAAAGUGCUAUCCGAAAUCAGUUGUUCUGUCAGGAACAAGAGAAAAAAAAAUUGUCGACAAAAAGUAUUCAUCCCAAACCCAGUCAUCACCGGUUAUCGACCCGAAAAGUGACAAAUAAGUAGCCCCCGAAAAAUUGAUUACAUUUUAAUCAGUGCCACUAAUAAUAGGAGGGGUUCCUGUUUUAUUAUUCUUCCUCCUUCAAACACGAAAAAAGUCGGCACGCGACUAUCGGCUGAUUGUCAGUAGGUCGAUUUUUCGGAAGUGAUUACGUCCACAUCAGUCUGGACCAGUCUAGAUUGAAUCGAGCUGUAAAAAAGUGUGUGAUAAGGUGUAAUCCAGUCCAAGUAAGCCGAUUCUAGCAACGUGUGUGUGCCUGCUUCGAUAUGAAGAAGGCGAUGCCGUCGCUCACCUUGGAGGAAGUGCUGAAUCUAUGCGGAAUGGUGGCCUACUGUCAGGAGGACCCCGAGGUUUUACCUUGAUCCGUAGUUCGGCUUUUUGUUGCCUAGAAACCGCCAUCGCUGCAGGUCGCAAUCACACGCACACCGCAGCGAUACUUACUAAGUCAACACACGAGCCAUAGACGCAUCGGUCCACAAUCUACCGAACGUCGAGAGUGCCAAGGACCCGCCUUUGCAAUCCACCGUGGUGAGCCGUCCCGCCCGAGGCUUCCGAAUUACACUCAAAUUCGACCGCUAGCGUGGGAACCUACAACCCGAAGCCAAACUAGUUCGUGUGGGGAACAAACCGUCGGCGUCCGUAUCUAUCACCGAGUGGCAUCGCUGUUGCGGAGCAGAUAGGCUGGUCCACCCAGGAAGGUGAGACACAAGGUGGUGCAAUCACUACGUGUCACGAGAGUCCAUCGUACUUGAAGCGUGCCUCGACGGAAAAGCUGCGGGAAAUCUUCCAGAAAUAUGCCACCCAGGAUGUGAACGGGGAGCUGCACAUGACCAGUGAUGACUUCGUGCGAGGAUUUCUCGGCCAGUCCUAUAAUGAGGAUUCGGUCAAACUGUUGGCCGGCAUCGCGGACACCAGCAAGGAUGGCCUGAUAUCGUUCGCCGAGUUUCAGGCCUUCGAGGGGAUGCUCUGUACCCCGGAUGCCCUGUACAAAACCGCCUUCCAGCUGUUCGACCGCAAUGGGAAUGGGUCGGUGACGUACAGUGAGUUUGUCGAUGUUUUCAAAAAGACAGAUCUGCACGCUAAAAUUCCGUUCAAACUGGACGGUCCCUUCAUACAGCUCUACUUCGGCAAGGAUCGGCAGCGGGCGAUCAGCUAUGUGGAGUUUGCCCAGUUUUUGCAUGAUUUUCAUGAGGAGUGCGCCCUGGAAGCGUUCCGGAUGAAGGAUACAUCCGGGUCCGGGUUCAUUUCGGCGCUCGACUUUCAGGAUAUCAUGCUGAAUGUGAAGAAGCAUCUGCUGACGGGCGAAGUUAAGGACAAUCUGGUAGCGGUUACGGAAGGUCACAAGGUGAGCUUUCCCUACUUCAUGGCGUUCAACUCGUUGCUCAACAACAUGGAACUGAUCAAGCGAGUUUAUCUGAGUGCCACGGCCAACAAUCGUAUGGAACCGGUAACGAAGGAAGUGAUGCUCCAUUCGGCCCAGACGAUGAGCCAAAUCACGCCGCUGGAAAUCGACAUCCUGUUCCAGCUCACCAGCACCAUCAAUCAGACGGGAGUGUGGUGGACACGAAAAAAAGUGGUAGACACGAAUAGGCGCAUCGUUUAUGGGGAUCUGAGCAACAUUGCACCGGAACACUACACCAAACAUAUCACCCACCGGUUGGCGGAGAUUAGGGCCGUGGAGUCGCCUGCCGAUCGAUCGAUCUGGAUUCAGCUUCUGGAAAGCAGCUAUCGAUUUACGUUGGGAUCCGUCGCUGGAGCCGUUGGUGCAACCGCAGUAUACCCCAUCGAUCUGGUGAAAACUCGUAUGCAGAAUCAACGAACUGGUUCCUUCAUCGGUGAGGUGGCCUACCGAAACUCCUGGGAUUGCUGCAAGAAGGUCAUUCGCCACGAAGGUUUCCUAGGGUUGUACCGGGGUCUAGUACCACAACUGCUGGGUGUAGCACCGGAAAAGGCCAUCAAACUAACGGUGAACGAUCUGGUGCGGGACAAGCUAACCGAUAAGCAGGGCCAAAUUCCUCGGUGGGCCGAAAUCCUUGCCGGUGCUUGCGCCGGUGGUUCCCAAGUAAUCUUUACCAACCCGCUGGAAAUCGUCAAAAUUCGGCUACAGGUGGCCGGUGAGAUCGCUGGAGGAGCAAAGGUCCGAGCCUGGAACGUCGUUAGGGAACUGGGUCUGUUCGGCCUGUACAAAGGAGCUCGGGCCUGUUUGCUUCGAGAUGUGCCAUUCUCUGCCAUCUAUUUCCCGGUGUACGCCCACACGAAGGCUGCCUUUGCGGGCUACAAUCAUCCGAUGUCGCUGCUGGCAGCGGGUGCCAUUUCCGGUAUUCCGGCCGCCUCGUUGGUCACUCCGGCCGAUGUGAUCAAAACGCGACUUCAGGUCGUGGCACGUUCUGGACAGACCACCUAUACCGGGGUGCUGGACGCCGCCCGGAAGAUUAUGGCCGAGGAGGGACCACGUGCCUUCUGGAAGGGAACAACCGCUCGUGUCUUCCGAUCGUCGCCACAGUUCGGUGUGACCCUGGUGACCUAUGAACUUCUGCAGCGAAUGCUCUACGUGGACUUUGGUGGGUCACGUCCGGCUGGUUCGGAUGUUGCAGCUGCCAAACAGGAGCUGACCAAGGUGAAUCCGGAUCAUAUCGGUGGCUACCAGGCGGCGCUUCCCAUGCUAAACGGAAUUGAAACCAAAUUCGGGCUCAGCUUACCUCGGUUCAGCUCUAACCUCAAACUUCCCGUCAAACCACAACAGCAGCAGCAGACACAAGCCUCAUGAUGAGUUUAAGUAGGAAACUGAAGAAGGUUUUUUUUUUUCGGUAGCAUCAAGAACGCUUGGAGUGAGUGAGGAGUGACUUUAAGUUUGUGAAGGAGCUGAUGAGAGCGAUAGUCGAGUAUUUAUUAAUCUAUGAUGAAAUUGAUACGUGAGAAGAGGGUAGUUUAGGACGUAAGUGUCCUAUUUGCUCGAUAGAAAGCCUUUUCGAAAGGACUGCAGAAAAGUUAACGCUAGGCAGGGAUGCUUAUCCAAACCAAAAGUUUAACAGAAUGUUUUCUUUUCUUUUUAUAUUCGCUAAUGAGUGGAAUAAGUGAACCAAAAUUUGCUUUGAUAGGCAAACCGUAAAACGGGAAAAUAAAAAAAAAUCGUUCUGCACAUUUUAUGUUUUUUUCUGGACUGAUUUCGAAAGUUGUUUAGGAAACGAAAAGUUAUUUAAUUUUUUUUUUUGCUAUUCUCAAUCAGAUAGAGGAUCACUUUCGUAAAUAUGAAUCAAAGAAAAUCGGAAUACUUAAAUCAGACAUAUGGGCUCUGGCAUCUGCAAAUUCUGAAAUUGCGAAUACUGAUCCUAAAAUUAAUCAAAAUAUUUUACGAGUUAAAUAUUUAAUUCAUAAAUACCAUUUAAAUAAAUGCAUUUAUCAGUUUUGCUUUACGCGUCUUCUACAAAACUCACUUAUAGGACACAGCAGCUUGUAUCAUUAAUCAAAAGUUACAGCCAUGCAUUUGAAAUAGAAACAAAAAUCGCCCAAUGUUAUAGGCCAUUGCAUCCGCAUGUAUCUUCCUGAUGAAGCAACAAACUAAAAAUAUACUUAUACUGAAGUGGAAUAUUAAAGCUCUACAUAGUGUUAGCUCAAGUUGAUAAAAGUAAAACAAAAAAUGCACUCACAGCAGGGAAAAAAACAUCACCAAUCUUCAAAUGUUAAAUCGUUUAUGGAAAAAUCUGCACAAAAUCCGUUCUGCACCAUACACAAAAAAAAAACAUGUAAAAUCGCUGCCAAAAGCGGACGUUAUAGUUGUAAAAUAGUUGGAUAUUGUUUAUCGAAUCCGGAACAUUGUUAGCCGUUUAUCAAUUCUCGUUUUGCAAACAUAAAAAACGAACUAUUUACAAUCACUAUUAAUUGCACACAGGCUGCAUUGAAAAUGAAUCAGCACCACGUUACAACCAUUGUAAAUUUGCAGCAAUUUACCUCACGCGUUAACAGCCAGACAUGCAUUCAAUCUCCGAAAUAUUGCAUUAAAAAUAUAGGGUAAAACAUCCAUUCGCCUAAUCUAAAUAUCUUGCGCUGAAAGCGCGCAAAAAUGCUGCCGUCUACUAGGAAGAACCUUCAGAAGAGUCUUACUAUUUGUUAGGUUUUCCUUUAACUCCAUUUUGAAAAUUUCCUUUUAGUUAGAGUUUUUUUUUAAACCAAAAAUCGAGCUUUCUGAAAAGUUGUUAGACUUCGAGCGACUGUCACAUCUAUUUUUUGAAACAUGAUUUUUAACCAAACAAAAACGAGAAUUUUUUUUACAAUCAACGCAACGUGUUUAGAUUGAAUGAUUUCUUCUCUCCUUCAAGAACUCUGUACAUAGUUUAAUUUUAGCCUUCUCGUAUGAUAAAAAAAAACAAAACUUAGUAAACAAAAUUGGAUCAAACAACAAACUACAAACUUAUGAGAUCUUUAAAGAUAUUAGAACAACUUAGAAUAAUAAAAUUUUCAAACACA